GCCCGUGGCCCGAUGACGUGGCUGCGUUCUUGAGCCUCAGCGGUAGAAGCGGUGGCCGACAAACCGGCACUGACAACACAGCCAGGAAGCAGACGGCCGAGGGGAGGGGACGAGCCUCCGCGCAACGCACUGGGAAGGAAGCCACAUUAGUUGGAAAGCGAGAUGGGGUCGCAGUGGAGAGUGGUGCUGUUGGUUGUGUGCGCCUUGGAGGUGAUACUGCCAAGUCGGGCAGAUGAGCACGAUCACACGUAUAUAGAAAAAGAAGAGGUGGUCUUGUGGAUGAACACAGUUGGGCCGUACCACAAUCGGCAAGAAACGUACAAGUAUUUUUCACUUCCUUUCUGCGUUGGGUCUAAAAAGACAAUUAGCCAUUACCAUGAAACACUGGGAGAAGCACUUCAAGGAGUGGAAUUGGAGUUCAGUGGGCUUGACAUCAAAUUUAAAGAGGAAGUUAUGCAGGCAACAUACUGUGAAAUUGACUUGGAUAAGGCAAAAAGAGAUGCCUUUGUAUAUGCCAUUAGAAACCACUAUUGGUACCAGAUGUAUAUUGAUGACCUACCAAUAUGGGGCAUUGUUGGAGAAGCAGAUGAAAAUGGGGAGGACUAUUACCUUUGGACGUAUAAAAAGCUGGAAAUAGGCUUCAAUGGCAAUAGGAUUGUGGAUGUAAACCUCACCAGUGAAGGAAAAGUCAAACUGGUUCCUAACACAAGGAUUGCAAUGUCUUACUCAGUGAAAUGGAAAAAAUCAGAUGUAAAGUUUGAAGACCGAUUUGACAAAUACCUCGAUCCGUCCUUCUUUCAACACAGAAUUCAUUGGUUUUCAAUCUUUAACUCAUUUAUGAUGGUUAUUUUUCUUGUGGGGCUGGUUUCAAUGAUUCUUAUGAGAACAUUACGGAAAGAUUAUGCAAGAUACAGCAAAGAGGAAGAAAUGGACGACAUGGAUAGAGAUUUGGGUGAUGAAUAUGGGUGGAAACAGGUCCAUGGCGAUGUGUUCAGACCAUCCAGCCAUCCUCUGAUGUUCUCCUCUCUGAUUGGAUCAGGCUGCCAGAUUUUUUCAGUGUCCUUGAUUGUUAUCAUUGUAGCAAUGAUUGAAGAUCUUUAUACAGAGAGAGGAUCUAUGCUUAGUACAGCAAUCUUUGUUUAUGCUGCAACAUCACCAGUAAAUGGCUACUUUGGAGGAAGUUUGUAUGCCAGACAAGGAGGGCGGAGGUGGAUAAAGCAGAUGUUUAUUGGUGCCUUUCUGAUUCCUGCCAUGGUGUGUGGAACAGCUUUUUUUAUUAACUUCAUUGCCAUCUAUUACCAUGCUUCAAGAGCCAUACCUUUUGGAACAAUGGUUGCUGUUUGUUGUAUAUGCUUUUUUGUUAUCCUUCCUCUGAAUUUGGUUGGGACAAUCUUGGGCCGAAAUUUAUCUGGACAGCCAAAUUUCCCUUGCCGUGUGAAUGCUGUGCCACGUCCAAUCCCAGAGAAGAAAUGGUUUAUGGAGCCUGCUGUCAUUGUUUGUCUUGGUGGAAUUCUUCCAUUUGGCUCCAUUUUCAUUGAGAUGUAUUUCAUCUUUACCUCUUUCUGGGCAUACAAGAUAUAUUAUGUAUAUGGCUUCAUGAUGCUAGUGCUUGUAAUCCUCUGUAUUGUGACAGUAUGUGUGACCAUUGUGUGCACCUACUUCCUGCUCAAUGCCGAAGACUAUAGGUGGCAAUGGACAAGCUUUUUGUCUGCAGCAUCAACAGCAGUCUAUGUUUACAUGUAUUCUUUCUACUACUAUUUCUUCAAAACAAAGAUGUAUGGCCUAUUUCAGACAUCCUUCUACUUUGGAUACAUGGCAGUUUUCAGCACUGCAUUGGGUAUAAUGUGUGGUGCUGUUGGUUACAUGGGAACAAGUGCCUUUGUUAGGAAAAUAUACACAAAUGUGAAGAUUGACUAGAAGAUACAACAGUACUGGGGACUUGGGAUCAUUGUCUGCUUCUCGCAAGGGGCUGGAACUUGCACAAGUUAUUCUGCAAGAAAUGUGGCUCUAUUACAGGCUGUUGUGUGGACCUCCAUGUUGCAGAUGGAUUACAAGAGACAUCUGUAUUCAUCGAUAUUAAGUUCUUAUUGACUGCUGUCGCCAACGUGUCAUGAGCGGAUGCUUGUAUUAUAAACAGUAGGCGUUAUUUCAAUACAUUGCUAUCCCCCACCCUCUAUCCAAAAAGAGGAAACCCCCAAGCUCAUUACUGAUGAUUAGUGUAGCUCUCUUCAGUGAAGAGGACAAAAAGUUUAUUGAAAGCAUUUGUUCUGUUAUGUAAGAAACUGGGGGAACUUGGUUGCCUGAAGUAGAUGAUCUGGAGUUCUUCUGGUGUUUUUACUGUGUCCGGUUAUCCAGAAAACCACAAAUUUUAGUUUUUGUAGCAGUUGUUAAUGUGCUUUUUUUAAUGUAUCAACACUGGGUACUGCUUAAACAUGAUAGCAACAUCCAUCUGAGAUUAUAAAAAGUACUCUGUGCAUUUAAGAUCGUCCAGCUUUAACUAUAACUGGACCAAUGCCAUUUCUCACUUCUUAUUUAUGUUCCGAUUCAUUCUUGUAUUGUAGAGCAUUUGCUUAUUUAAGUUUUUCUAUCCAUCAGUCCAUCCAAAGGCAACUUUAGUGAUGGUCCGGGCAGGGGUUUGUGCACUACAGUUUACUGUACAGCUAGAAACAGAGGUAACUGUUAGCUGAAUUGUUUUUAUUAGAGAUUGAAGUGACAAAUCAUUUUAAUGGGAUGUCUGGCGUGAUCCUCUCUCCAAGUAGUCUUACCUUUAUUUUUUAUCUUUGGGUUUGAAUGAAGGCUUUACUUGACAUUGUACGGAUAUGGGGAAGUGAUGUGUAUAUAACCUGAUAUUAUAAUGUAACUUUAGGUGUAGAACCCAGAUGUAUUUGGAUGUACAGAUUUAUUACAGAGUACUUUUUUCUUAAAAAAGCAAAAUAUAAGCAAAUGUUAAUUUUUCUUUCUUUUUUUUUUUUUUUUCCCCUCUUUCCCUAACAAGCUUUUUGACAUCUUGCUUGGCAUUGCAUGAUCACUCUACUUCAUUAUGUAUGGGUCAUGCAUUUUCUUGUUUGUUUCUUUCAAUGUCUGAAUACGUCAAAUGCAACUCUUUUUUUUGGUGUGUGUGUGAUGGUUGUUGGGUCUUUUAUUUGUCAUUUGAUACUUUUGUUUCUUCAGUUGAUUCCUACUUUUCAAACUCUCCUGUAUGUGUUCCCAAGGUGGGGGUUUCUUUAGAAAGUUGCUAUGAUAAUAUAAAUAAACUUUUCAGGAAAAUGUAUUCUCGCUGAUAGUCAGCGCCUCAGUUCUUUCUGGGAGAUGGUCAUUUCUGUACUCAUUUGCAUGUUGUGUCAUUUGAAUGCAGGGCCAGGUAAUGUGGUAACUGCACAUUAGAGUUAAUCCAAGUGCACAUCUCACUAGAGCCAUUGUCCUAAGAUGACCUAUUGUUUCUAAAAUAGCUAGUACUGCACCCCAUUACUGAGCUCUACUUUUAAAAGAUGCGACCUGUACUUUGUGAGUAUCCUGUUUUUUGUUGUUCACUCAGAAGCAAGCUCUUUACUGAUUUUUGCCAAUCUACUGUACAGAGGUUUUCUAAGUCUCUCACCGUCUGAUAUUGUAAUGCCACAAGCUGCUUCUAAUUGUCAUCAUCAACAUUGUGAUUUAAAAAGAUUUUGUAUAUAAGUAGAUUUAUCUAUACACUCUAAAACAUCCCAAACAACUUGUUUUUCUAAUACAGGCUAAUAUCUAAUAGUAUUUAAUGAUUAAAAAAUAAAUCUGAUGCUUUGUCUUACAGUACAACUCUGUAAAAAGUCUCAGACUGGUAAUAAAGUUUAAGAAGGAAAGGCAAACAAAGAGGACUCUUUUAAUGGACCCUGUUUUCGAAUUUAUUGCAGGUCCAGUGCUUGUCUGCACUUUCACCAUAAUUACUCUGUUUCUGUCAAAAGUUGAUUUUGUCUGCACAAUAAUAAUUUGUUUAUGCUGUUAUGGAAAUGGGGAGAAAAGUAAGUGUGAAAGGUGUGCUAAGAACUAUCAAGCCACUUUCAGUUUUGUUUAUGUUGCACUUACAGUAGCUUGCAUUUGUCUUUUAUGUUAACUAAAUCACAGACGUUUUGAGUUUUACGUUUUUGUGUGUUUUCCAAAAAAAUAAAAAAUGUGUUUUUUUUUUCUCAUGAAGAAAGGAGGGCAAUUCUGUUUUAUGUUUUAAUGAUUAUAAGUAUGAAUGUUACAGUUAGCAUAUAUUGGAAAUCAUGUAUUUUUUGGGGUUGGUACCUGUUUUCUAUAUUAUCAAGAGUUUUGGAAAUGCAGUCCACGUCCGUGCAAUUUGAUUAAUAAAACAAACAGAACAAU